GAUGGAUUUAAAUACAACAGAUUAUUGUAUUAAUAAAUAAAUAACUAUGGGGAUGAGCUGCAAAGCUUCAGUCUCCAUGAUUAGUUCGGCGUUUCGUCCCGAGGAUGUCGACCAUAGCACCUUCGACAAGGAGGGGUUUGCUAUUUAUACAGAGUUCCUCACGCAAAGUGCAUUGGAGAGCCUCCGCAAGAGCUAUACCGCCAUCAUAGACCAACUACACGAGUCUGUACAUCCAGAAUGGGUAAUGUCUCUGCACCAGGUA